AUGAGGAAAACACCUAGCAAACUGUGUAAGCCAUACCAAGACCUACUUGUACAGUUAGAAAACUUAAGGCUCCGAGAAGAGUCUUCUAGAGAUCAACCACCAUUAGAUGACGAGGAAGAUCAUUCCACUCCCGACCCAUUAUCGACAGAAUCUUCCGCUCGCAAGAGACGGGAAAAAAACAACAAUAUUGCGCUAUCUAAGAGGCCACCGGGGAAAAAGAUUGUUCUGACUUUUAGAGCGGUAGAUGGGAGGCCCAGCAGUGUCGGCGACGGAAGAACAAUGUGGUAUAGACAUUUGGGGUCGGUUGUGCAUGACCCCUCAACCGUCUCACACCGUCUCCUGAAGUGGAAGGAAUUAAGUGUUGACCAAUUGGAUUUACUUGGGAUUGCUAUGACAGCGCUGGAAAUGGGACAGACUCCCUCUGUCGUUGAAGUAUUCAAGAGGACCCGUACCCCAAAACCUACGAAAGAAAACCCAGCACCUGUCCCGGACGAACGAGCGCAAGAGAAAAUUGUUGAGAUGGAGGAAGUAAGAAGUACCAAACCGGAAAUAUCUAACUUUGAGUUGACGGAGAGGGUGUUCGGACAACAAAAGCAUGGGGGGAGUGUUCGGUAUUUCAACCAAUGUCCACAUCCAAACGAAUUGGAUCGUUGCCGAAUCGGGCAAGAGCUUGGCCUGACACCAAAUCAAGUGAGAAAUUGGUAUCAGAAUAAGAGGACUAAUCUCAAGGGAAAAAAUGAAAAGGAACAAGGAUAUACUCUCCGAGAGGAGAACGACAUGUUAAAAGUUGAGAGUCAAUCUUUGAAAGAAUUGAUUGAUGUGUACACGUGCAAUGCAUGUAAGGUUUUUACUCCAGCUGAACUCGAGAAACUUGCCAGUGUAAGACAACUUCAAGCCCAAAACAUGCAAUUGAGGCAUAAGUAUUAUGAUGAAUAUAAUUCUACUAUGGCCAUGGGAAUACCUGUCCCGCUAAUACAAGACUUCCUACCACCAAUGCAAGUCUCUUCGUUCAAUCAAUCCAAUGGAGGAUUUUUAGGAGAAUCAUCAAUGGAACCAAUUAAUCCUAUCUUCGCUAAUGCUAAUGAUAUUAUGAAUACAAUUAUGAAUCCACAACAAGAUUCUGAGACGUGGAACAUGAUGCAAACAAUUGGGUUGGCUAGGGAGGAAUUAAUGAAUCUAUUGAAUGUAAACGAGCCAUUUUGGCUAAAAGAUAUGACUGAUGGAAGGUACAUCAUUCAUAGGGAUACAUAUGACGCCAAAUUCUUGAACACAAGUGUCCGAGAAAAUCGCCAACAAAAUGGAUUCCGUACUCGCUUUGAAUCGUCGAAAGAUGAAGCAAUCUUGACCAUGAGUGCUUCGAGAGUGGCUGAAAUGCUAAUGGAUUCGAAAAUGAGGGUAGACUAUCUUUUCCCUACCAUCAUAACAGAGGCUUUCACAAUCAAAGAAUAUGGAAAUCAAACCUCGCCUCGCCAAGUUGGGAGUAUAAAACUGGUUUUUGAGCAGAUGCAUUUACUUACACCAUUUGUUACUCCAAGAGAUUAUUGCUUUGUUCGUUUUUGUGAAAAGGUCACUGAAGGAAUGUGGCUAAUAGUGGAGGUCUCUCAUGACUUUAAGGAUAGUAGUUUACAACUGAAUUCCCCCUCUCGUGCAUGGAGGCUUCCUUCUGGCUGUCUAAUCAAGGAUGUUUCUCAUGGAGUCUCUCAGGUGACAUGGGUGGAACAUGUAGAACUUGAAGACAAGGCCCCAAUUCAUCGGCUUUAUAAAGAUGUGAUCUUUCGUGGAUUGGCCUUCACUGCAGAUAGAUGGGUUCAAACACUUUCAACAUCCUGCCAUAAAAUGAAUAUUCAUGAUAAUAUAUUGCAGAACCAAUUUGAUAGCCCCCUGCAGAAGAUGGGAGGCGCCAUGACGCAAGAAGAUAGGAAAUGCAUUAUGAGCAUAACGAACAAGAUGAUGAAGAGAUUUUGCGGCAACAUGAACAUGAUAGACAAUCUUGAAAUGGUUCGACUGAAUGACAAUGAUGUUUAUCUCUCUUUAUGCCGAGAUCAAGAAAAUGUUAACCCAUCCCGUGGCCUGAUUGUGAAUGUUGCUACCUCGUUUUGGCUUGACGCUCCAUGUCAAGUGGUUAUCGAUUUCUUAAAAAAUGUUAACCUAAGAGCUCAGUGGGAUGCUGUUUGCAAUGGAGGAGCCGCGGAAGAGAUUGUUUGCAUUAGGUUUGGAGAUCAACUAGAUAAUUCUAUCUCUAUUAUCAAGCCUCAUAUUGAAUCCACAAAUAAUCUGCUUGUGAUCCAAGAGACUCUAGUGGAUCCUCUUGGUGCAGUUAUAGCUUAUGCUCCUAUCGAUCGUGAAGAUUUUAUUGGGGAAUUAUAUGGUUCUUGCUCAAAGCCUGUGCUUGUAUCUGGUUUUAUUAUUUCUAAAGACGGAAACCCUAAAUGCAUGCAGAUCAAUCAUGGAGGAGCUUCGACUUCUAGUAAUGUUGCGCCAGCUUUUCCCAAUGGUUCUCUCAUUACGACGGCUUUCCAAGUUAUGUCUUAUUCGAAGGACAUCGAUAUGGAAUUCAUGAACAUUCUCACUUCUAUUAUUUCCACAACCAUGGACCGCAUCAAGUUAGCUUUCAAUUGCCCUGAUCCUUCUGUCUGA